AUGGAUACGCUCCAGAGUGGGAUCCAGGAGCAGAGAGUAGAGCACUUUACGCCCGAGUGCAAGUUCAAAGAGAGUGUGUUUGAGAACUACUACGUGACGUACUCGUCCGUCCUGUACCGUCAGACGCAGUCGGGCCGAGCCUGGUACAUCGGCAUCAACCGCGACGGACAAGUCAUGAAAGGAAACCGCGUCAAGAAGACCAAGGGCGCCGCACACUUCCUGCCCAAACUCAUAGAAGUCGCCAUGUACCGAGAACCUUCUCUCCACGAUGUCACGGAGCAAAGUCCUCCACGAAAGACGCCCAAGACUUCGGGAGAUUGUCCGCUUCUGCAGAACGGCAAGAAGGACCAGAAGGAGCUCAAGGACCAGAAGGACCAGAAGGAGCAUAAGGACCAGAAGGAGCGUAAAGACCACAAGGAGCAUAAGGACCACAAGGACCAGAAGGAGCAUAAAGAACACAAAGAACACAAAUCCAAAAGUAAAAGUUCGUCCUAG